GUCCGUCUUCAUUUUCAUCUUGAGAUAGCAAGUGCAAGCUGCCAAAUCCAUGAACGCUUUGAUAGCACUGCCACCUGUCCAAGCCCAUGCAAGGGCACUCCCAGCUUUGCGGGUACAGGUGAAACGACGCGAAGCUUUCAGCGUCAGGUGCCAUGGUGCAUGGAAUUUGCAGCGACAUGCCGCAGUUCGGGAGGUUGGCAAGGUGGUUCAAGAAAACAUGCCUCCAUCUCGUUUUGUUCAACUACGAAGAGGUCAGAAAGCUGCCGCCGCGGCAGCCUUCCUUGCCUCUAUUGCCGGGCUGCUCCACCUGGUGCUGAGAGCUCUCUCGCCACAUGAUGCCAGGUCAUGGUUGUUCGGACGACCCCGACACCAAGAGGCAGAAGGCCUCGUAGCCUUGUCAAACUUUCUUUCGGCGCAUCCUAUAGAGUUUCCUGGACUGCUUUGGGCCAGCAGUGCAGCGACAGGUGCCUGUGAGGCAGCUGCACGAGUUGGAUGCAGUGGAAACUACCGGACCCUAUACGUGUCGUUGAUGCUGGCCGGGCUUUGCUACUUGUUCGAUGAGUCAGCUGUAGCGCAGCAGAUCAAGGCACUAGCUACUCCCGGACCCAGCAGCGCCGUUUUCUUUGCAGCCUAUCUCGUGUACAUGGGUUUGGACUGGCUAAGCAACGGUGUUAGCAUCUCGGAGGUCUUCGUUGGUCUGCGAUCCACACGAAAGUUCGGUUUCCCUCGGCCGUGGAGACCUGCGAAAUCGAGGCUCCUACCCAAGCUCUACGGUAUUGCAGAAGGAAUGUGCUUGCUGGAGAUGAGCAGAUCUACACUUUGGCGGCUGGGUCGGCUUCUUCCGGUUCUUGCAGCUUUAGAUGAGCUCCGACGAGUUUCAGUCGAUCCCCACAACCUGAGCUCUCCAGAGGCAGCCCAGCUUAACAAGGGUGCAGGUUUUUGGGCAUGGGCUUCGCUGCUGGAAGCCGCACUUCUUGGAGUGGUUUGCGCUUCGUGGGCCCGUCAUUUGGGAUGUGGCGGUGCAAGUGCUGUGAUCACUGGAAUGCUCGCCUCCUUGGUGGCUGCUUUGCCUGCUGCUGUUGUACUUGCUGUUACUUUUUAUGGUUGGUACCGCUCUGACCUUGCACUGACUGAACUGACAAAGGCGAAACCAUUACAUCCACCAGAACAAUUGGGUCGUUACAACCUGGAUCUCUUGGAGAAGUGCUAUACGCAUGGCAUUGCGAACUUCUACAGAAGCUUCUACGCCAGGUCCUCGGCUUCCUCGGCAUUCCAGGUGCCAAUGGAGUUGAACGAUUACGAAUACUAUCGCUUGAAGGUUCGAUUGACUACGGCUGGUUCCCCAGUUGUCCGGCUGAGCCGAGAUGAUAUCAGACAGAUUCUUGCAGAGGAUGCCCAGGCACGGCAAGAACCACCUGAUCAGGAUGUUCCCGCAUCCCAGAAGAAAGAGCCACUUGGCAAGGACGACGGCGUUCCUCAACAACAAGAGCCAGUUGGCCAGGAUGUUCCCGCAUCCCAGAAGAAAGAGCCACUUGGCAAGGACGACGACGUUCCUCAACAACAAGAGCCAGUUGGCCAGGAUGUUCCCGCAUCCCAGAAGCAAGAGCCACUUGGCAAGGACGACGACGUUCCUCAACAACAAGAGCCAGUUGGCCAGGAUGUUCCCGCAUCCCAGAAGCAAGAGCCACUUGGCAAGGAUGUUCCCGCAUCCCAGAAGAAAGAGCCACUUGGCAAGGACGACGACGUUCCUCAACAACAAGAGCCAGUUGGCCAGGAUGUUCCCGCAUCCCAGAAGCAAGAGCCAGUGGGAGAGGACGACACUGAAAUUGAACAGCAAAAGCAGAACUAAUGCUUUGCAAAGGCCUUUAGCUCCCCCCAAGAGCUGGGUUGCGGCGGAAGGAAGGAGCGUGUCUCAGAACUAAGCAUGGCGGAAAAAUACGAAGACUGUCAAAAAGUGAGAGGGAAACAGACGACUACUCGUGCUAAGUGCCAGUCCUGGGUGAGGUAAGUAAUAUA